GCUGCGUCCAAUCAUGAAGGUUGACGUCAUGAACCAGGAAGUACUUUGCCCAUCCGUGUGGGGACUCGUUCGUGAAUGGCAAAGCGGGGCUGGGUUCAUCUCUACUUAGUUUGUCGUCACUCGCAGGAACAAUGUCUCCUGAUGAGCUGGUCUACCUGGGAGUCCUUGCAGUCUCCAUCCCAGUUGGAUUCCUUUUUCGUUACCUCAGUCCUCCUGUAAAGCAGGGGGCAGCUAUGCUUCUGGGCCUCUCCAUUACCAUCGCCACCUGUCAUGUACACACACUCCACUCUCUGGUGACGGUGAUUGUAACAUGGCUUAUUAUCAAGAGCAGCUGGAGGCUCGCCCCUGCGUUGUCUCUCUCCUGGACCUUUCUCUACCUCCUGUUCUUCCGAAUGGUCACGUGGUUCGGUUUGCCAGCGCCGACGCCUUUUGCCAAUGCCGUCCAGCUCCUUCUCACUCUCAAGAUGGUGAGCCUGGCCAACGAGGUGCUUAGCUUCCACCUGGAGAAAAAGAAGCAAGUGAGCGCCUUCGCGAGGUCUUCGCUUGUUGGGUGUCUGUCUCGGGAGCCCUCGCUGUAUGACAUCAUGUCGUACAGCUACUGUUAUGUGGGCAUAAUGACAGGCCCGUUCUUUCGCUUCCAAACCUACACCGACUGGCUGGAGCAGCCCAGACCGCUGGCCUUGCCCGGCUGGGGACCAUGCCUACAGCGGCUGAAGCUGGUGCCCGUCUUCGGUGCUCUCUUCCUGGCUGUAAACUCUGUCUUUCCACUGACUUACGUCCGCACAGACGAGUUCCUGGAUCACAAUUUCUUCUUCAGGUUUUUCUACAUGGUAGUGGUGUUCUUCAUGUUCAGGAUGCGUUUCUAUGCCGCGUGGUGCGGCGCUGAGGCCGGAUGCAUUAGCGCUGGUCUCGGCUGCUAUCCAGAACGGGCUCAGUGUAAACCGGGCGGGGGACCCACCGUCAGCUACAGCCCAGAGUCAUUGACUGAGGAGACAUACGACUUUAAAACCAUCCAGAACAUCGACUGCUACAACACGGACUUCUGCGUAAAGGUGCGGCACGGCAUGCGUUACUGGAACAUGACGGUGCAGUGGUGGCUGCAUCACUACAUCUACCCCAACGCCCCCUUCAGAUCCUACACACUCAGAGCGGGCUGGACCAUGUUCAUCAGCGCAUACUGGCACGGCCUACACGCCGGAUACUACCUCUCCUUCCUCACCAUCCCGCUGUGCAUCGCCGCCGAGUCGGCCAUGGAAGCGUCGGUCCGAGCCCGGCUGGGCCCGCGCGGUCAGAACAUCUUCGACUGGGUCCACUGGUUCCUGAAGAUGCGAGCGUACGACUACAUGUGCAUGGGCUUCGUGCUGCUCAAGGCCUCCGACACCAUCAGCUAUUGGUCGUCCAUCUACUUUGCCAUACACGUGGUGGCUGUGGGCUGUAUAAUAGUGGGCAGGGCUUUGAAAGGAGGUAGGGGAGGAGACAAGGAGAAGACAGACACUGGGAAGAAAGAUAACACGAAAAUAACAAAUGGAGAUAAAACUGAAAAAAAUGACUGAGUGAAAAGUUGAUUUCCUGAACUGGAGGGACAUGAGGUGGAGUUUGCUUAAGACUUUUCUUUCCAACAGUGUAUCACAUAUUCUUUACAUGUACAAUGAUUCCUUGAGAUACGAGUGACCCGGUUCCGAAUUUCUUGAGAUAGGAGAUAAUUUUUUGCUUUGACUUGCCACCAAACAUUUGCAAUACAAGCGCUGUAUAAUGGUGGCAGUGAACUCAACUCAGUUCAAAACAAGCAGCAGUUUGACCGAUCGUAAACAAUUCUUCAAAAAAAGAGACUUCAAGCUGUUCAUUGCCACUCCCAGUUGUUUACUGUCAAACUAAACAUAAAACAAAUAAUUUGACAUGUACUAAAAACAAUCAACAGCUUUGCCUCUGUGUCGCUAAAUGUUAACAAAUGGAGAAAAAAGCCAUAGAUGGGCAAAAAGAAUCAGCCUUGUGGUGUCUCUUUAAACAACGGAUAUUUGAACUGAUGAAGCAACACAUGGAGACAGACAAUAUAACAAUACUAACAGGCAUAUAUUCUUUAUCGUGAAAAUAACUAAUUGAUUCACCUUACUGAGUCAAUUGUGAAACUUCGUGUGUGUGUCCCUGUCUGUUCUACUGGUCCCAGGUGGCCAAGCCGCACACACCAGAAGGAGCAGCACAUAGUCCAUUCAAUUGAAGCAAAAAUUGUGGCAAAUAAUUUUUUAAUUCUUUACAUUAUAUUUUAUUAUGUCAUUGUUUUUGUAUGUUUUUAUUAAGUACAAUAUGUAGAGUGCUUUUUUUUUUUUUUGAAAUAUACACUGCAAUUUUGGGGGAAAGGCUUGAACGGAUUAAUGCAAAGCAAAGCAAAUUUAUUUACAUAGUGCAUUUCAUACACAAGGUAACUCAAUGUGCUUUACAUGAUUAAAAAAUUUAAAACAAAGAGAAAACAAAUAAAAGUACAAUUAAAGCAGCGUACAGUGCAAAAAAAUAUUUAAGUGGAAAUGCUCAAAAGCAUGAGAAAAAAUAAGAGUUUUUAACCUGGACUUAAAAACAUGCACACUUGGGGCUGACGUCACUUCUGUUGGCAACUUACUCCAUUUGAGUGCAGCAUAAUAGCUAAAUGCUGCUUCACCAUUUUUGCUUUGGACUCUGUGCUCCACUAUUUGACCCGAGUCUGUCGAUCUCAGAGCCCUACUGGGUUUAUAUUCCAUUAGCAUUUCUUUCAUGUAUUCAGGACCUACACCAUUUAGUGAGUUAUAGACCAGUAGCAGAACUUUAAAAUCUAUUCUAAAGCUGACUGGAAGCCAGUGUAAAGACUUUAGAAUUGGAGUAAUAUGCUCUGGCCUCAUUGUUCUGGUCAGAACCCGAGCUGCAGCAUUCUGAAUGAGCUACAGCUGUUUAACUCUCUUUUUGGGGAGUCCAGUCAGAAGACCAUCACAAUAGUUAAGUCUACUUGAGAUAAAAGCAUGGAUGAGCUUCUCCUGGUCUGCUUGACUUUUGAUAUGUUCUUCAGAUGGUAGAAGGCAGUUUUAGUAAUUGAUUUGAUAUGACUGUUGAAAGUCAGGUCGGAAUCUAUCAGAACAGCAAGGUUUCGGACUUGGUCUUUGGUUUUUAAAGAGAGUGACUCCGGGUAUUUACUAACAGCAAUCCUCUUUAUUGCCAAAAUGAAUUAUCUCUGUUUUGUUGUGGUUUAAUUGAAGAAAAUUUGGGCUCAUCCAGUUAUUAAUCUUUUUCAGACAGAGACACAACACCUUAAUUGAACUGUAGUCAUCUGGAGACACUGCUAGAUAUAACUGUGUGUCAUCUGCAUUGUUAUGAUAGUCAAAAUUAAACUUCAGAAUUUGACCCAAGGGUAGCAUAUACAGGUUGAACAGGAGGGGUCCAAGAACUGACCCUUGAGGGACCCCAUAGGUCAUUGCCAUUCGAUGAGAUUGAACACUUCCAAUGGUUACAAAAUAACUCCUUUCCUCCAAGUAGGACCUGAACCAUUUAAGGACUGUUCCAUUUAGUCCUACCCACGUUUCCAACCUGUUCAGCAGUAUAUUAUAAUCUACCAUAUCAAAAGCCGCACCGAGGUCCAACAAGACCACAAUUGACACCUUUCCCGAGUCAGUAGUCAACCUUAUAUCAUUUGGCACUUUGAUAAAAGCAGAUUCUGUACUGUGAUGAGUCCGGAAACCUGAUUGAAAUUGAUCAAAAAGUCAAUGGACUUUUUGAUCAAUAAGUUCAAGAAAUUGCUGAGUUGAUUAAAAAAAAAACUUUCUCAACAAUCUUGGCUAUGAAAAGGAGAUUUGAGAUGGGUCUAUAGCUUGCUAACAUGGAAGCGUCCAGCAUUCUAUUUUUUAGAAGAGGCUUAAUGGCAGCUACUUCAAUGGCAUUCAUUUAGAUGGGGAAAGAUGAUCUGAGAUGCAAGUGUUUUGAAUAACGAGCAGGGUCAUGGAAUGAAUUACAGUCGCAUCUCAAGACACCACUGUGUAAACAAUACACAGGUCCGAAACGCUGUCAUUGGGGAACCAUUUCGCCGCAUGGCGCGAAUGCGAAAACAUGAUGUGUGUGAAGCCAAUUAAAACAUGCCUCAAGAGUUAUGUGAAUACCCCUUAACAGUGCAUUCUCUUCUAUUCCAACACGGUCAAAAUGUUUUGCAAUACUGCCAAGACAUUCCUGCAGCUGAUUUACACUACUAUAUGUCUAAAAUGGAACCAGGAAUGAAUUGAUUUUUGACUUAGGGAUUUCUGCAGUUCAGCUGUUGAGUGUUUUUCUACCACGUAAUCUGAAACAUGAAUGUAAAUGCUGCAGAUUGUUACUUCAUGUGGCAGGAAAAAAACGUCUGCAAUAUUUUAUUCUGUUUCAAUGGCUUCUUCUUUAGUAGUACUGUAUUGUUAUUCUGACUGAAAAGCUCUGUGCUUUGACACACUCUUCACUCCUGUGCACGCCCAAGUCUGUAAUUGGACUGGUGUGUUUUUAAAGUCUUUAAAUGCUUCAUCAACCUUUUAAGUCCACCCAGCGUGUUCUGUGAUCAAGUAUCUCUAUUCAUUUGGAUCUCAAAUGUUUGUUUUUAUUGUGUUUAGAUUUCUUUAUACAUUCAAAUAUAUUUGGUUGUGUGUUUUUUAACUGUGGCACUUCCUGCUUUGAGUUCCCCUUUCAGCCAUGUCAUGUUCCAAAUGUUACUUGUCAUUCAUAUGGCAAACAUUUUUUUUCAUUUUGACAAAUACUGUACAGUAUAUACUGCCCUGAUAAUUCUCAUUCUAUGCGACGUUGGUUUAGUUGUCACUGUGAACUGCACCUUGACAACACAAAAAAAAGAUAUAAAAUAAUAAUCAUGAAAGAGGGGAAAUAAAAAAUAACUGAGACAAUG